AUGUUGACAAACAACAGCACAUCAUCCAACGAAGAGCCAUCGGCAUCUUCCAUUCAAGCCUUUACUCGUCUUCAUACGAAACUAGAGAAUUAUUAUAAUUUACCCAAGGGACAAGGAUUAGAAAUGAUUCCGUAUAUGGAUCGUCUGAAUCCAUUGUUAGUCUCGGAUAAGAGAAUUUCAAGGCUUGAGUGUCUGCAGAUGGUGAAUAGAGAUUUUCAUCGUGUACUCUCCGUAGAUGAUCAUGAUUUUUGGAUGUACAUGUUGAACGAUGUUUCUCUGAAGAGAUGUAUUGAAUCAAUUUUCAGAUUGUUUCCGAGACCUUUUGAUAUUGGAUUUAAUUCUCUGAUACAUGAUACGACAAUAACACCAAAAAGUGAGCAACGAGAAGAGGCUAAAAUUUACAGACGUCUAUUCAUGAUUUAUUACAAAUUAUUUAUGAAUUUCUAUUUGAGUGCUAGAGCAAAUAGUAAUGAAUUACGCUCCCCUCAGCAAUUACGAGAUCAAGUAGAUCCCGAAGAGUGGUUGGAUAUCGGAUCGGUCAUUUCUCAGAAAUCACUGUUUGAUAUUCCUAAACUCUUUGACCUUUCAGCAUUAUAUGCCUAUUCGAAUACCAUGCUCACCACUGAGUUACUCACCAAAAUAUUUCUCUCUCAGCCUUCUUUGAUGCAUGACUUGAAUGAUCAUGUGUUAAAUACCAUAUGUAUUAAUUGGAGAGACCUUUUUGAUAAUAUUUACAAGAUGCAACCUAUCAAUGGUGCUACCAAGCCACAAAAUUCAUCAUCUUCCGAGUCCAAUCAAAUCAGAAAAAUUAUUUAUUAUCUUUACGAUGGAACUUUCACAAUCAGAUCUUUAUUAGACGUUUUUCCAUUAGCAUCCUAUGCGUUUAUGUUAGACAAUAGAGAAAAGAAGACACCAAUGUCAUAUCAAUUUUCUUUCCUCAUUCUUGAGUGUCAUGACAAGGUGAUUCCUCAAUUGCAGAGCAUGAUUGGAGAAGAUACAGAUUAUUCAUUUCUCUGCAAGCAAAUCAAGCUUAACCUUCUUUCAAUUACACACGUUCUAUUCCGAGAAUAUUACAUGAGAAAUAUUGAAGAUCUCGUGACUGGAGCCACUCAUACCAAUAGAUCAACUUCAAGUCAUAUGGAUGCCCUUCACUCUAGAUAUAUUGAAAAUUUAUUGACACGAGAACAAAUUCCACAAGCUAAGCUCGAACUUCUUUGCAAGUAUACUUUGGAUAAGCAAAUGACCCGUCAAACAACUGCCAUUGUUCUAGAACUUCUCGACACUCUUCAAUCCUAUCAAAAGUUUAUCAUCACGGAUCAACCUAAACUCAAUUAUCUCAUGUUCCAAUAUGACAAGUUGUAUGGACUUUCCAAAUGGAUGGAACAAGUGAUUGCCAAUAAUUCCUCUCUUACAAGUGUUUCCUCAGUUCAAAACCUUGUCAAGAAUAUUUGCAGCAAACUCUCUGAGGCAGAGAAUGAAGCAGCACUACAAGGUAGUGAAGAAAAGCCAACAAGUGACGCUCAACAACAACUCAAAUCUCUCUUCCCAGACUAUGGAUUAGGAUUCCUUCAAUUGUGUUUGGAACAUUUCAAGAAUGAUCUCGCCGUCACCACGAACUCACUCAUGGACAAUCAAUUACCAUUGCAAUUGAGACGUUUGGACACGAAAUUGACAUUGAGCGCCUUAAAAAGUUCCACCAUUCAAGCUCAGAGCUCCUCUGAGUUCAAUAAGCCUCCAUCUUCUCUCAUUUCCGCAGCCAGUGCUAGUAGUGGACGUCAUUCUGAACCUCCAUCGCCAGUGGUUUCUCCAUCGGUUUGGAUGGACACUGAUUUCUUCUCGAAUGCAUCAGCCACCUCUCAAGUGGUUCGAAUUGGUAAAAAGAAAGAUCAUGGCACGAGGACCAACUUUAAUGACAUUGAUGACUCUAUUAAGCAACGUAUUCUAUUGGAGUAUGCCUAUGAUGACGAGUAUGAUGAUAGUUAUGACAGUAUUGCACCCGUCACUGGUGAAGGAGAACAUGAAGAUGAAAAUUUCAACAAGUUGAAAACUUCCUUUAAGCAGCAACACGAAUCAGCAUCAGAACAACAUGCUCGCCACAAACACAAGCAUGAAGGUACAAGCGAAGAGAGCCAAUACCCUCAAUUUAAUCCAAACAGAGCAGCAGCCACAUCUUUACCAGACAACAAUACUGCCCAAGCCACUUCCCACAAGCCAAGAAAUCAGGAAGCACGUUCCAAACAACAGCAGCAACAGCCUUCUCAGAAAGACAAACCAGCCAAUACGAACCAGCAACAAAAGGCAUCCGAAGCGACACCACCACAAAGGGGUGGUUCAGCCAAUCGGGGAGGUAAGAGUUCAAGAGGUUUCCAUCAUCAAGGAGCUGCUUCAUCGAGACCACCUUCUCAAGGUAAGCCACCUCAAGGAAGCUCCAACCAAGAGUCUACUACCACUGUUGUUGGUGCGUCAAGCCAAAUCGAUAAUACUACCACAUCAUCACUGCCGUCUGAUUCUUCUUCGGAAGAUCAUCAACAACAACCUUCCGAACGUUACAAGCAAUACAAACAAGAAAACAAAUCUCGUAUUGCCAAUCAUGAUAGGAAAAAGAAAGGUGCAAAGAAGAGAAUGAAUUUGUAA